CCUCGUGCCGUCAGUGCAGGGAGGAGGGCAGGCUGAGCAGCACAGAUUAGUCACUUCAGUCCUGGAGAAUACACUAACGCACCUCCUCCGGACUCAGUUACAGUUUGUGUGCGGCUCACAGAGGUUUUUCCAAUCCUUACCGCUCUAAGAAAAAAAAAAAAAAAAAAAAAAACUGCACACAACAGGAAACAUGGAGGACUUCUACACCAGUGACGAUACGGAUAUCAGUUUCAACGAUACUUAUGAAUACGACUAUGAACACAGCGUCUGCGAGAAAGAAUCGGUGCGUUCUUUCGGCAGCGUCUUCCUCCCAAUCAUCUACGCCCUGGCUCUGGUGGUGGGCCUGGCUGGGAACGCCUUGGUGGUGGUGGUCUACACGUCCAAGUUGAGACUCCGGACCCUGACUGACAUGUGCAUCCUCAACUUGGCCAUCUCAGACCUGCUGCUGCUCUUCACCCUGCCGUUCUGGGCCGCCGACGCCGUCCACGGCUGGAAGCUGGGCGUGGCCGGCUGCAAACUCAACUCCUUCCUCUACAGCACCAACUUCAGCUGUGGCAUGCUACUGCUGGCGUGCAUCAGCGUGGAUCGCUAUCGGGCGGUGGCCCAAAACUCAGUAGGCAGAACUGGGACGGGUACCCGAGUCAGGAGGCAGUGGAUCCUGGUGUGUGCAGCACUGUGGACUUUAGCCAGCUUCUUUGGCCUUCCUGAACUCAUCUUCUCCACGGUGAAGACUUCCCAUCACAGGACCAGCUGCACGGCCAUCUACCCAACCAGCAUGGCCCGACCUGCGAAAGCUGCCCUGGAGCUGCUGGAGGUCAUCCUUCGCUUCCUCGUCCCCUUCCUGGUCAUGGUGGUCUGCUACUCAUGCAUAGGCAGGGCGCUAACCAAGGCUGCCGGGGUGCGCAGGGAACGGAAAUGGCGCGCGCUUCGGGUCCUCCUCGUCGUCGUGGCCGUGUUCCUGCUCACCCAGAUGCCCUACAACGUGGUCAAGCUAUGUCGAGCGAUGGACAUCAUCUACCACCUCGUCACGGACUGCGAAAUGAGCAAGCGCUUGGACCGCGCUCGGCAGGUGACGGAGAGCCUGGCGCUCACCCACGCCUGCAUCAACCCCGUCCUGUACGCCUUCAUCGGGUCUUCCUUCAGAGGACACGUCCUGAAGGCUGCCAAGCACCUUGGACAGAGACUUGGAAGACACUCGAGGCAAGUCAACGAGGAGCCAGCGGUGGAGAUCGCACUCCACUCAGCGAGCCAGAACCAGUCUCAGUCUGUUUCAGAGGACCAGGACACCAGCACAUUCACUAUCUGAGACUUUAGCACAUACAGUGUUAGCCAUCUGUACUGGCACUCUUGGUAAAUAUGCGUCAAAAGCCUCAAAUUAAAUUCAUUUUUAUUGCAGUAGCAUAUUCUCAAACUAAAAGAAAUUGAGUAAAAACAAUCUCUUGCCAAGAAAUAUUUAUGGCACAAUAAUUGAUACAUCCCCUGAAUCCUUUGCACAAACUAUCAAUGCUCAUAAAACAGGACUCACACUGUGACAUUUUCACAGAGGUAGCACACAAUUCAAAUUAAAGCAAAGUUUACCAACCUCUGCACAUUUACCGUUUUGAUGGUAGGUAAUUGAGACUUAAUGGAUGAAUGUAACUGAAGUAAUAGGUCAAUUUUUCUUAUUUUUCAAAAUUAGAACUUAACAUGUUUAAGAUCAUUAUGAUUUGAUUUUCAUUAAUUUAUUUUUUUUUUUGGCAUGCAACAAGUGCUCUCACACCUAAUGUGAGGGUUGGGCAUGAAAUACUUAAUUUUCAUAAAUUAACUGGUUUUACUUUUUUAAAACAAUUAUUUUUCAUCCGAAUCAUUUAAAUGUAAAAUUUCAUAUUUUUUUUUUAUUCAAAACCACCCACCUUUAGUCACAAACACCCACAUUUUUAUAUACAGAUAAGCAAAUCGAUGGGGAAACUUAGAACAAUGUGUUGUCGCCCUGGGGGACGUCAGCACGAGGAAACUGGAAUCUAACCCACAAUUUUCUGAUUGUAAAGCACUCCAUUACCUCCUGAGUCACUAUCAAGACUUUGCUAAAGACUUCUUGAAGCCUAAUAUUAUCAUAUUAAAGUGUUUUAAGAACCUUGCUGAACCCUAUUCUUAAAUUUACAGCAUGUGAUUAUCCUACUGUAAUAAAAGAGGAAUUUGUUGAAGGCUUUUUACAGAUAUUUAGAUCAGGCACACCUAAAACUCUCUAAUACUAUAUGCCUAUUUACUUGAUAUAUAUUUACGUGCAUUAGCCAUCAUACAAGCUAGACAGGAGUUAGCCGCACAUAACUUAACGGCUAAAAAAAAUAUGUAAUAUAGCGUUAUACGCACUAAAGCUAUAUGUGUUUUGUAUAAAUUAUGUAUUUUCUUAAAUAAAAGAACAAAGCGACGUGCAUCUGUUACAAUUAAAUGCAGCUGAAUCACAAGUUGCUCAGGGGAACCGUUCAGAACAACUCCAAUCCAACUUUACAAUCAGCCCCGUCUUCCAAAAUCUCAUCUGCGUCGCAUUUCAUCACAUCCUGCGGCUUUGGGUUGGGAUGACGGAUGGCUCGGUUGCACAGUGGGUGACCCAUUGAGUCGAAAAACAUUUGGCAAGCAAAGACAGGAGAGCUCACAGCAGGAAGGACCCUUCUAUGCCAUUAGAGCAGUAAACAGCAAAGUUGCAUGUUCCUUAGAGGAGCUUAAAGCCUAACCGCUGUUUUUCAUCCAUUUAUAUUUGUUUAUUUCAAUAAAGUAAAGUUUAAAGAGCAAAUGAUUUGCAGCGGAGAAGAACCUCCCACUAGAUCUCUCUCUUUUUUUUUUUAUGAUGCCACUACGCACGAUAAUGCCAGACUAACCCUGAUACACAUCACAUCUUGGCUCAGAGUGCCGGGUGGCCAGAGUCCAAUGCUUAAUAGUUUGUUUAAGCCUCUGUGCUUGACAACAAAGAAGGUUGAGUUUGUCUUGGCAAAGCCUGCUCUUAAAAUCCAACUCAGAUACUUCCAACAGACACGAAACAAUGUUUACUUUUUUUUUUUUUUUUUUGCGUGUUUAGUGGCUAUCAAUCCACCUGAGUCGGCCUCUCUAAAUACUUAAAGAACAUUGGUUCUUACAUCAAAGACAGAUGUUUAGCCUCUGCAUGUAUUUUUGCCAAACCUCAUCAGUGUACAAAUUCAUAAAACAAAACCCCGUAGUAGAAAACCACAAGAAGACAAGAUAUGGUACCUUGCAAAAGUAUCAUCACCUUCACAAAUUGUCCCACUGUAACCACAAAGGGAUGUAGAUUAGUGCAAGGGGAGAAAAACCUUAAUUUAAAAAAAGACAUUUUUUACAAAUGAAAAUCAGAAAAGCAAAGAAAUCUCUCUCUAAAAUCCUGUGCCGCUUCCAGGCACCACCCAAUUAGUAAAUACAGUCAACCUGUAUGCGGUUCAAUCUCAGCAUAAAUACGACGUCUUCUGUGACGGCCUAAAAGGUUUCUUAGAGAACAUUAACCAACAAACAGCUUUAUGAGGAGCGUACAGCAGACGGGUCAGGAAGCUGGUUCCAGAGCAGCAUUUAAACAUAUCAAGGAGUUCAGUCCGUCAUCUGAAAAUGAAAAGCGACUGCAGCACAACUGCAAACCCAUCUAGAAAGGGACUGUCUGGGAUAAAGCAGAGCAUUAUUCAGAGAAGAUGACAAGAAGCCUAUGGUAACUCUUGGCAACAGGCAUCAACCGCUCAGGCAGAAAAAGAGCCUCUGGUGAUGAAAAGCCACAAAACGUUCUGUUUUCAAGUUCACCAGAAUUAUGUAAGAAAUCAGCAAACAUGCGGAGGAGCGUCAGAUGGAAAUGUUACGCUGUUCGGGUGUUAUUCCUUAGCAGGGUCACAAAGCUGGGGAGAGUCAGUAGGAGGAUGAACUGAGGGCUAUACUGGAAAAAGACCUGCUAGAAACUGCAAAAAGAGGUGAGACUCGUUUUGCACUCAGUAGAACCGCCUGAAACAUCCAGUCAGAACCACAAUCCUGCUGUUUCAACUGAAGUGUUCACAUGGCCUACACUCAAAUCUAAACGGAAAUGUGGCACGAGAUUUGAAAACUGAUGUUCACAGGUGCUUUCCAUCCACUCUCACUAUGCUAGAGCAUUUUUACAAAGACUCAAUUGCAGCAAACAAAGUAUUCAAUCGUGGGGGACGGGGGGGGGGGGGG